CGUGCCUGUGCCUUCCAUUUUAUGCUCACAUCUGGAUUCUUUGGGAGCCGUCGGAGUGAAGUCGAGAUGGAUAUAAGACGAUUCUUAAGAGGGAAGCAGCCGACUGACGGAGCAGACGGAGCCGCUGGGAUGGAGACUGUUUUAUGCAAAGUGAACAUCAAGGAGGAAAUGGAAGUUGAGACCAUGGAAGGACAUUCACAUACUUUCAGAGUGAAGUUCAGUCCCACCCAUCAGCGGAUCUAUGACAUCCACUGCGAUCGACCUCGCACAGUGCUGCAGGCCAUGAAGUCAAGUGAAAAGUAUCAAGAGAUGAGCUUUACAGAUGGAAAUAUUGUGAUUCAGUUGGGUGAGGUGGAUAAGAAAUAUGCUGUUGCAACACAUUUCCCAUGUUCUUGUGUCAGAGACGACGAGAUUCUCAUCUUAUCACACAAAAAGGAGGAGGUUGAAGCCUCCCAAAACCAAGGUGACCGAACGGUGCAUUCAAGAGACGAGUACUCUGUCUUCUACAUUGAUACGGUGGGAGGGCACAACGCAAAAUCAAAGCACCUUUUCAAAGACCUUGUAUUUAAAAGGUUCAAGUAUCUGUGCGUCUAUGGGGAGAAGGGGAUCACUGUGGAAGAGGCUCUGAAGAGAGACGGUCGCUUCCUCGAUCUCGGCUACUUCAUUCUGUCUAACAACAAGAGUCCAAAUCGUUUCACUGAACGCGGAACAAAAGUAGACCACCUAGAUGGGAAAGAGUUCAAGAUACGUCUUCCAUUGAACGCUAACCCUGGGACACCUAAGACCAGGAAUGAAGCCGCAGCAGGCUCACUGUCCAAGACUAAGGAGAAAGCCACAGCGGGCUUUCAGUCUAAGACUAAGGAGAAAGCCACAGCGGGCUUUCAGUCUAAGACUAAGGAGAAAGCCACAGCAGGUUUACAGUCUAAGACUAAUGACAAGGUUAUAGCUGUACUGCAGCAGAGAGGAACCAGGGUCAUUGACGGAAAAGGCAACCAUGAGGAGAUUAUUCAAAUGCUCCGUAACCAGUUCCCAGUUCUGAAAAAGCUGAUGAAGAGUAGGUUCUCUGGUCAGGGAUCUUAUAAGAAAGCCUUAAACCUGAGGAGGGAAGACUUUGGAAAGAUCCAGCACGCAUUCAGUGAAGUCCACAGAGUCAUGAAGCUGAUGGAACUGGGAAAAUCUGUUUGCAAAGUGAUUGUUAAGGAUGGAAUGCAGGGAACAGGCUUUGUGCUGUUUGACAAUUUCAUCCUGACUAACGCGCACUUGUUGAAAGGUUGGAUAGAAGAAGGAAAGCUGAAGGAGGGUAUUGAAGUCUAUUUCACCUUUAACUGUGUAGAACCUGAGCCGCACACAGAUAACCACUACUUUGAGCUGGCUCAAAGUGGCAUCUGCUACAGCGAGGAUGGGCUUGAUUAUGCCAUACUUGAGAUCAAUCCUCAGGCUAAGAAUCCCGACUCCACAACAACCGCAGAGCAGAUCAAGGUGCCACCAGGGCUCCUGAAGAGAUUCGGUCCAAAACCGCCAGAUGGUCAAGGCUGUAUCCUCGGCCACCCGGCAGGAGGCCUGAAGAAGAUGGAUCCGAUAUGUAUCAUUGAGAAGGAGAACAGGGAGCAAGCCGUCAUCAGUAACUUAGGGAACCACAAGGAUGAUGAGUUUGUUCUCCACGUAAUCAGCAAUGGGAUCGAAAAGGACCCACUGGCAGAUGUGAUGAUAAGCUACAACACUUUCAUGUAUCACGGCGCCUCCGGCUCUCCAGUGUUCGAUACCCGUGGCAAAGUGUUUGGUUUGCACACUGCUGGCUUCCACCACGGCUUUGACAAAUCAAAGGACAGCCUGAUUGAGUUCGGUCAGCCUCUCCUUAAUAUAUUUCAGGACUUUGUGAGGAAGCUAAACAAGGAGCUGUUGAAGAGAGGUGAGGAGGAGGCUCAGAGUAAACUCUACCUAGAAGAACUGUUGAACAGAGUUGAGGAGGAGGCUCAGGGAAACCCCGACCUAGAAAAACUGUUGAAUAGCGUUAAGGUCCCUGAGACUGAGCCAGCAGGCCCGGAUGAACACUCAGCAAUGGAGACAGAUAAUUAAUAAGAACAGAUGCUCCCAUUCAAAUCCCAUGUGUGGUUGUAUCGUUGCUAUGGCCACAGAAACUGCUUAUUUGAUGAAAAAUGUACUUUCUUGUUACUUGUUCUUCUGAGUUUGUAUCUCUAUGUGGAAAUGCACUUAUGUAAGUCGCUUUGGAUAAAAGCGUCAGCUAAAUGACAUGUAAUUUAAUGUAAUGUAUCACAGCCUUAAUGUGUUGUCAAUUUAAAGUACCGUAUUUUCGCAACUAUACGGCGCACUGAAUUAUAAGGCGCACCUUCAAUGAAUCGCCGAUUUUAGAACUAUUUUCAUAUAUAGGGAUUAUAUAUAUGGAUUAUAAGGCGCAUAGAAUAGAAGAUACUGCAGUAAAACGUUUGACUGGGGUUUGGUUAUGCAUCCACUAGAUCGGGCUGUGCUAAAUCCAACGUUAUUAAGCGUUCUGAAAACUCUUCACUCCCAUGGUAACGUUGUUCAAACGAUAAUGUGGAUAUUAACAAUAUCUCUGAACCUCCAACUUUCGUUCUUGAUUAAUGAAAACAUUCUUGGCAAAUGCUUUGGUGCAUCUUGCACCGAGAGGCAGCGCUGGAAAAGACGGCGGACCGUCAGCGCGAUCCCGACAUCCAACUACGAGCUUUAAUAUAGUGUAGCGACUCUCGCUAAUGAAUCUCUGGACAAUGUGCUUAUCUUCUGGUUUUAUUGUCCAGAAACAGGCUACUGUCGGCCGUAGCCUACGCCGUACAAAAACACACCAUCGCUCUCCAAAACAACAACUCCCGCGUCCCCAUAGGUGGCACUAAGAUGAGUGACGUAACAUUGUGCGCCCUUCACUGAACAUCCCAAAACUCUGUAAAGUGCAACGCCGCUCCAGAACAUGAAAACACAGUCCGUUACAAUAGGCUGUUGGAGCUGGAAUUACCGCGGCUGCUGGCACCAGAUUUUUAGUGCGCCUUAUAGUCGCGAAAAUACGGUAAUGUUGACCUGUCUGAAAGUAUCAUAUUCACAAUGUUUAAUGUUUUUUAUAUAUCUUAAUUUACCUUUACAUUCCGUAAAUCUCUGUAACUGUUAUUCUGCUUGCAACAGAAUAAAACAAAGACAACUUUAAGUAUAUCUUCUUAUUACAUUU